AUGAAUCCUUCCAAAUUCCCUCAAGGCAGCAGCAGCAACGAGUCGGGGUGGACGGCAUAUAUAGGCUCCCCACACCACGACGACGAUGAUGAUCGAGAAGAGCACAAGGAGAAAGAUGCAGAGAGUGAUGAUUCAAUGGCUUCUGAUGCUUCCUCUGCUCCCAGUGAUCAGUUUGGGCAAUAUAACAAACACCUUGGCUACGGAUAUGGAAAGAGCUCCAGCGAGAGGAAAGAUGGCGGUAAGAAAGAGCAAAAACAAGGCGAUAUGAAGCAGCAUGCUGAGAAGAUUAAGGCAACAAAGGGCAAGGCGGAUUGCGCUACGAGAUCGAGAAAGAAGUAA